AUGGAAGGAGUCGGCGUGAGGGGAUACUUUUACUGGUCUCUGUUCGACAGCUUCGAGUUUGGAGAUGGCCACACGACAAGAUUCGGGCUCUAUUAUGUCGACUAUAGUGAUGAUCUUAAGCGCGGUUUUCCGGGGCUGCCGGGCGCUGCUGGCCCCCGCGAAGUCCGCUUCCUCCGCCGCGGCCGCCGCCGUCCCUCCGCUGCUCCCGCGAAGGCCUCCAAGGCCGCGGCCAAGGCGAAGCCGAAGGCGGCCGCCGCGGCCGUGCCGAAGGCGCCCAGCCGGCCGUCGGGGAUACAGAAGGUGACCCCCGUCUCGCCGGCGCUCGCUCGGUUCCUCAACGCCGGCGAGGCCUCCCGCGUCGAGGCCGUCAAGCAGAUUUGGGCCUACAUCAAGAAGGAGGGCCUCCAGGAUAGCAUUAAUAAGCGAGAGAUUAAUUGUGAUGAGAGGCUGAAGACCUUAUUCGAGGGGAGAGAGAAAGUCGGAUUCCUGGAGAUUGGUAAGCUGCUGUCCCGUCAUUUUGUGAAGACCAGCUGAAGCUGCUCUGGAGUACCACAUCUUCACGUAUCUCGUCUUUGGAUUAAUACUGUCCAUGGUGCAGCAACCUAUUUUGAAUGUGGAUGACUUUUCAGGUGUUGUCUCUGACUGUUGUGGCUACCUCUGGUUGUGAUCUUUGGACUCGAUUUCGAACUUUGAUGGGCUUUGUAAGAUGUCUUAGGAAAUGAAUUGUUAGGUACUUUUAUGCAAUCACUUUUUAACCCCUCAUGUGGUCGAUUAUUUUGGAGUUCGCUCCAUGUUAGGGCUGCUUUGUCGCCAUGAGUUUCAUCGUGGCUCGUUUCUGCAGAAAUUCGAAAACUGAAAGUGCAAAUCUCCAACUCAA